AUGUGUCUAACGAUAAAAGGGAAGGCUCCCCCUGCUCUUCCAGAUAAACCUGCUCCUUCCUCUCCCGCUCCUUCCUCCUCCGCUCCUUCCUCCCCCGCUCCUUCUCUCUCCAAAACCGACUCCCCCUCUCCAUUAGCAACAGGUCGCGCACUCAUCCUCCUCCAACUCCUCUCACGUGCGCUCACCUUCAUCCUAAACCAGGGCUUGGUACGACAUGCCCCACCGGCUGUCUUCGGCACCGCCGCGAUCCAGUUCGACCUCGUCGCCGCGACGAUCCUCUUCCUCUCCCGUGAGGGGGUGCGGAAUGCCGUACUCCGCUCGUCUACUUCCAUUAUCUCCAUCUGGGCCUUCCGCCUCGGAUUUGGGGUAGCUCUGGCCACGGUCACACUCUAUCUCUCCACCGCGCCUCUAUCGACCACAGCCCAGCCUUACUUCCACCUCUCGCUGGCACUCUAUGUGGUCGGCGCACUAUUCGAACUUCUUGUGGAACCACUCUACAUCCGUGCUACCAGGGGCGAUUUGAAGGUCCGCGUCGCUGCUGAGGGAGGACAGGCCGUAGUGCGGACCGCGCUAUCCUUCGCCCUUCUGGUGGCGCUGUCCUACUUCGGUGACAAUGAGGGUCGGGGCGCUCUCCUGGGAUUGGCGGUGGGAUACUGGGCGGGCUCGGCAUGGCUUGCUGCCCGGUACCUGUGGGCGUAUGGCAGGGCGGCGGCCCUUCCAGACCUCCUCUUCGCCAAGAAGGGGGAGGGGGCCGACCUUGAGACCCGCCGCCUCGCUAUCGCCGGUACUCGCCAGAGCGUCGUCAAGCAUCUCCUUACGGAGGCAGACCGGAUUGCGGUGGGGUAUAUCUCGCCGCUGGGCGACCAAGGCGGGUACGCCAUCGCCAUGAACUACGGUUCGCUAAUCGCGCGCAUCAUCUUCCAGCCUCUCGAGGAGACCCUCCGAUUGCACUGGUCGCGCAGCCUCACUGCGCCCGCCACACUCCCUCUCCUCACUUUUGCAGUCCGGGCAUCCUUACACCUCAUGCUUCUCUUUCCCAUCUUCCUUCCACCACUGCUCCCGGCGGUUCUUCCCCUCCUCCUACCUCGGAAGUAUACGGCCGAAACUAACGCGGCGGGCACGCUCCAGACUUACCUCACAGUGUACCUCCCGCUGCUGAGCCUCAAUGGGAUCCUCGAGUCGUUCCAUGCCGCGUCCGCAACUCCCGCGCAGAUGUCGGAACAGGCGUGGGUGAUGGGUGGCAGUAGCGCGGCAUUCGUGCUCGCGCUGUGGCGAUUGUCAGGAAUGGUGUGGUUUACAAGGGAGCAGGCCCUAAUCUAUGCGUCUUGCGCAGCCAUGCUUGUCCGGAUCGGGUACGCCGGAUUUCACGCGUGGCGUUUCGCACGUACUAGGACCGCUGUCCUUCCCGUUCUUCCACGCCCUGCUGUCCUUGUAGGGGUGGGCGCUGCUGGUGUGGUAACUUGGGCCGCUGCUGCCCAGUUAGGAGAGGGGUUGAGGAACAAUCUCGCGCUGUUGGGCGUAGGGGCAAUCGCAGGGCUCAGUGUCCUGGCCACGAUAUUCGCUGUGGAACGCGCCGACGUUCGCCAACUGGCCAUCCUGCUAAAGGCGAAGGGAGAAUAG